AUGGAAAAUCAACUGUUGUCACUUUUGCUGGACAGCCAGAUGCUUAAUCAUUUGGGUGUCAGCACAUUUUUGGGGGGUAAUCUUGGAAAUCCAGUCUCAGAGGCUGCUUUCCAUUGCUUACAGAACCCCCUUCUAAAACCAAAGUUUAAGGUUGCUGUGGUGGAGGUUAGCAGUUACCAAAUGGAAAUUCCCAACAAGUACUUCUGCCCUUCUGUAGCUGUAGUGUUAAACCUUACACCUGAUCAUUUAGAAAGGCACAGGACAAUGAGAGACUAUGCAGUGACUAAAUGCCGGUUAUUUCAUCACAUGAGUGAUGCCAAGCUUGGGCUUCUUUGUUUUGGUACGUACUUGACAUUUCCUUGGUAAAUGCACUUCGGUGUCUAAAGCAUUGUUCUAAGACUUAGUUUCCCUUGAACAGUAGGAAAUAAUUGAGAGCAUGCAAGAAAAAGAGAAUAGUGUGGGUGGGUUGGACAUCUCAUUGAAUGCAUGAUAAUCAAACAUCAAUUUCCGAUUGCAAUAUUGAACUUGGAAUGGAUAACCACAGAUGAAGUUGAAUUAUUGUAGUAUUUAUAUGUAUAUAUGCUGACACCUACAUUGAACCUUGAUCAAGACAAAUCUAUCUCUUUGGUUUUUUGGCUGGGGUGGGGGGGGCUUGAAAAACUGCAGUUCUUCAAAAGGAUAUGGGAAACUUCUGAAAUCAAUGAGCCAUAACUUGGUGAUACUUAAGAGGUCUCCCAAAUCCACUAGGGGUGAGGUAAGAGAUCAGAAUAUAAGUUGGUCAAGGUCGAUCCGGUUCACUGGUUGAUUGAUGAUGUUUCAAAUCCACAGAGGAUGGUCAUACUUGUUGCAUGUUAAUCAAUAUUCAAUUUCUGAUUGCAAUAUUUAACUUGGAAUGGAAAA